CCCGGGCCUGGAAUCGGGCCCGGGGUAUGGGGUCUCCGGCGCUGCUCUGGGAGCGACGAUUUCCCGGUGCCGCUGCACUGGCGAGGUUGGGCGGGGGCGGUGCGGCUGUCUUCCGUCCUUCGUCUCUCCGGAAGCGAGGCUACUGCUGCUUCCUGGAAGGUCUCUCCCACCCCCUCCCUCGUCGCUCUCAGCUUUCUCUUCCAGUCUUGUGGGGCUACAUCCUCUUGUUUUGUCGGAGCUGCGAGCAGCUCUGGAGUUCGGCCGCUCCUGCUUUCACUGGCCUGGGGGCAGCUGCGGCUGUCCUCUGGAUUGGAGUCGACGUCCCGCGCCCUCUGGCUGCCGAGUGCCCUGAGCUGUCCACAGGGGACAAUACAUCUCUUUCGAAAAUCACAAAGAUCUUUUGUUGGAAAGUUAUCACAGGAAUUUAAAUUGGUAGCAGCAGACCGAAGGUCCUGGAAGAUCUUGCUUUUUGGUGCUAUAAACUUAUUGUGUACUGGAUUCCUGCUUAUGUGGUGCAGUUCUACUAACAGUAUAGCUUUAACUGCCUAUACGUAUCUGACAAUCUUUGAUCUUUUCAGUUUAAUGACAUGUCUGAUAAGCUACUGGGUGAUGGUGAGGAAACCAAGCCCAGUCUAUUCAUUUGGGUUUGAAAGAUUAGAAGUCCUGGCAGUGUUUGCUUCCACAGUCCUGGCACAGCUGGGAGCUCUCUUUAUAUUAAAAGAAAGUGUGGAACGUUUUUUGGAGCAGCCUGAGAUACAUACGGGACGAUUAUUAGUUGGCACUUUCGUGGCACUCACAUUCAACUUGUUUACAAUGCUUUCUAUUAGGAAUAAACCUUUUGCUUAUGUCUCUGAAGCUGCUACUACUAGUUGGCUUCAAGAACAUGUUGCUGAUCUUAGUAGAAGCUUGUGUGGAAUCAUUCCAGGACUUAGCAGUAUAUUCCUUCCUCGAAUGAAUCCUUUUGUCCUGAUUGAUCUUGCUGGAGCUUUUGCUCUUUGUAUUACAUAUAUGUUAAUUGAAAUAAAUAAUUAUUUUGCAGUAGACACUGCUUCAGCCAUAGCUAUUGCUCUGAUGACAUUUGGUACUAUGUAUCCGAUGAGUGUAUAUAGUGGGAAGGUGUUACUCCAGACUACACCACCUCAUGUUAUUGGACAAUUGGAUAAACUUAUCAGAGAGGUUUCUACCUUGGAUGGAGUCUUAGAAGUCCGAAAUGAGCAUUUCUGGACACUGGGAUUUGGUUCAUUGGCUGGAUCAGUGCAUGUUCGAAUUCGAAGAGAUGCAAAUGAGCAAAUGGUUCUUGCUCAUGUAACCAACCGACUCUACACAUUGGUGUCAACUCUGACUGUUCAGAUUUUCAAAGAUGAUUGGAUGAGGCCUGCUUUAAUAUCUGGACCUGUUACAACCAAUAUGCUAAACCUGUCAGAUCAUCAUGUAAUUCCAAUGCCACCUUUAAAGGGUGAUGAAUUGAACCCUCUGACAUCUACUCCAUCUAAGCCUAGUACCGCACCUCCAGAAUUUUCUUUUAAUACACCAGGGAAAAAUAUGACCCCAGUUAUUCUUCUGAAUACACAAACCAGGCCUUAUGGUUUAGGCAUUAAUCAUGGAUCCAUACCAUAUAACAAUAUGUUCAGCCAAGGAUUUGCAACACCAGGAAUGGGAGCAACUCAAGGAUUCAGGACUGGUUUUACAAAUAUAGCAAGCAAAUAUGGAACUAACAGUAGAGGGCAGCCCAGACCAUGAAACACUGACAUUUGAUCUUAUUUAUUCUUAUUAGGGGUAUCAACUUUUUGACCUCUGAUAUCUUUAGCUGUCUGAACAUGUCAAUAUCUGAUCAUUCAUUCUAAAUGUUUGAGAAUUGAUGGUCUAAUCCCCAUUUCAUGAAGCCUGUGAAACUAUAUUUUCAUAAAAUGCAUUUAAGCUAAUGAAAUUCUCCUGAAUUUGCAGAGCUUAAAUGGAUUUUCUAUAUAGAACGUGUGUUCCUCUAAAUUCAGAUUUUGCUUCUCUUUCAUUUUCUGAAUUUGAUUGCAGUAUGAUGUUGUGUUAACUUUAUGAGGAAUCACUUCCCAGAGUGGCAACAUUUCAUUUUCUUGCUAAAAAAAAAGAUGUUUUCUUCACUUGAGAUUAUGAAUCUGUUUCCUGAAUAAUGGUAAGAAUUUCAAGAAUAAGAAAAAAUUACCAUUAUAAAAGUAAAGGUCUCUUCUACAGCUUUUCCAAAGUCAGUUAUAUUUUCUUUGGGGCCACACUAGCUUUUGGAAGUUAUUGUGUUUCAAAGUAAAAUCAAGUUUUCCUUUUACUUGAAGUUUUCUAUACAUAUUUUACUGACCAAUAAGACUUUAAAAUGUCAUGACUAGAUUUUUACCAUGGUUUUUAAUGUUUAAAUUUAGCUAUUGAUAAGGAUUUUCACUAAUUUUUCUGCAGUUUUAAAUGAACCACACUUCUCUUCAUUACGUUUUUGGUUAACUUUUUAACAAAUUAUUUGUCAACGUGCUAUGAACAGUACCAGGUUUCUAUUCUAUGAUUACUCCAGUAAAGAAUUAAUGGUGGAAACAGCCAUAAUUAUACAACUUGUAUAAUUUAUGACCCUUUUACUAGUUCACUCUUCUGUAUUCCAUGAACACAGCUGUAUUGGCUAUAUCAUACUUGCAAAUUCGCUUAAGUGUUUUGUUUUUACACUAUAUGAUGUCACAAAACAAAACAGACUUUAGAUUGUUAUAUUACAUCUCCUGAGGGCAGAAUUGUACUUUAUUGCCCUGCUUUAUCAGGAGUAGUGAAAUAGUAAUGGUGGCAAUAUUUUGAAAAUGGCAUAAAAUAUUUUAUUUAUUUUGAAUAUGUUCCAUGUAUGUAUCAUGUGGACUUUCCAGAAUAGUUAGUGAUGCUUUGUAUAAAGCACAGUAAUACCCAAAUGUUCUCUUAAGUGGAGUCAGCUUUAUAUGACCUCUAUGACCACUGUUUUUAAAAAAAGAGAUUAAUGGGUAAAUGAAGUUAAAUUUCCUCAUUUGCCAGGGUUCUUCUAGUAGUUAUAUUCUUGAUGUUCCACUUGGUGCUGCUUUUAAGGACGCAUGAUCUCAAUACUUUGACAUCCAUUCAUAGAAGAUUUUCAUUGAAUUCAAAAUAUUCAUGAAGACUAUGAAGCCUUCAACAAAGUAUCAAGCCUCUCCCUGUCACAUAGGGAUUAUGAGAUGGAGGCUUGGAGCAAGUGGGACUGAAGAAGUCAUUUUGAAAUCCUUUGAAAGACCCUCAAAAGCCUCAGGAUGAGGUCUAGUCUACUGAUAUCCAGAGGAUAACAACUCUGGAGUGGAGUUGUAUCAUCCAGUGGAAAUAUUUAGCCACAUCCUAAUAACUUAGUUGGUGAGAAGUCAUCUAUCUUUCACAUUAUAAUAUCAUGUUGAAAGUUGGGGGCAUAGGAGAAAUCUAUUCAAAAUUGCAUAUGACCCCUAAAGAGAAUGAGACUUACUAAAAUUGGGUAAGGCAGCUUUUCCUCUCUCCUGUCUUAUGCUAUACCACACCUAUGGCAGUACCUGUUAAAAGGCUACCACUAGAAGAAGGGCUUACCGCCAGUGACCGAACAAACAUGCCUGGGAAUGUCUUCACAGAGACCAGAAGAACUUCCAUAUCUUAAGAGGUGGUAAAAGGUAUGUUCUCCAUGUGAUUUCUUCUUUCAUCCCCUAUACACAACUUCUACUUCUAUGAGAGUAAUGGUAUUUGGGUGCUGAUGUUGAGUCUGUGAAGCUUACUUCUUCCACAGCCACUCAGAGAUGGCCAUCUUUACAAGUGCCCCAUCAAAGGUGCUUUAAUUAUGUUUACACUAGUUGAGAGUAAUUAUUCAAAGUUGUCUAUGGGAUGCAAAAGCAGAACUAGCUCUACUAGCUGAUGUUCCAAUGCUGCAAUUUUCUUUGGGCAAUGCUAGUCUAUUAUGCAUUUUAUUUCAAAAAAUAUAUUUUCUAGACUAUUCAACAGGAAAAAAAGUUUUGCUAGCAAAUGGCCUGUAAAAGCCUUGAUAUUGUUUAAUACUGUCUGUAGAUAUCUAGGCAUGAAAUUUGAAAGGAUAAAUAUCAUCUAGUUUGAGUUCGAUGAAAAUUUCUCUAAAGAUGUGAUCAGCAGGCAUUGAUCUGAGCAGAAUCAUGUGUGUAUCAGUGCCUCCUUGCUGAAUAAAGAAUGUUGAGCCCAGAAUUUUUUUUUAAUUGCAGUGACUACCUCAACAUAAUGGCCAGCUUUAAACCUAUACUGACACCAAAGCCAUUAAUUCGAGCUGCCAUGGGAAUGGGAGGUGGACAAUUUGGUGCUAAAUGAAUAGUUAGUUUUUUCCCUAGACUUAACAUGAAGGUAAAGAUAGAUUUUUGAACUAGCACCAUAUUUUCUUUUUAGAUUUAUUAUAUUUUUUUGUAGAGUGGGCAUUAGAGUGAGGGGUGCUAAAAUUAUUUGGACGGUGUGCUUUUGAUUCCUAUGGAAUGCAAAGAAACAUGGAUUUCUCUUUUUCCUUUUCAUAUGACUGAAGCCUGUGAUUGAUGAUUAAAAAGGCAUAGCAGCUCCUCGACAGAAAACUUAGAUUUCCUGCAUCUGAUUCACUCUAUUCUGGCUGAGUUAUGAGCAGCUGCUGAUUUUCUACUAGGGUGAAGGAUACUGAUCCAUCUCUAAUAAGAGGUGUGUUUUAAAAAACAUAUUCUGUAUUAUUUUAAUUAAGCUAUUUGAGCCUAAGAAUGUUCAGGAACCUUUUACUCUGAUUUUAAGCAAUUAUUGCACUCAUUUUGGUACAUUUCUUCAAGUCAUUUAUGUAACUGAUAUUUUUUAGAAUAUAGCAUAUACAAGGCACCAUGCUAGAUAUUGAAGCAAAUACAAAAAUGAGUCAGAUGUCAAUUCAGUUUAAUUGAACUAAUAUCAUUAAGCACUUACUACAUAUGAGAUACUGCUAGUUGCUGGCAUUACAAAGACAAAGAAAACCAACUUUACCUUCAUGAGGCUUAUCAUUCUGAUAAGAGAUGAUAGAUAUAAAUAGCUGCAGUUCUUCUAUUUAGUGACCCGUUUAACUUUCAUAUUUGUUUCAUUUUUAGCUAGUAAAUAUGGGAUUACUAAGUAGGGAAUGAGCAUUCCGAAGCUCAAAGUGGAAGGGAAAGAACAGAUUUUUCAUUUUACAUAAUCUUAGAGAUAACUGUAGAGACUAUUACAUAUUUAACAGUUAUUCAGUAUUUCAGGAUGCAGAGCAGUAUUUUUAAAUAGUUGUAUGUUUAGACUUUUUAAACAGUUUCUAGUUUAAAUUUACUAGAUUGCAUCAGCUAGGUGGCUCAGUUGAUUGAAAGGCAGACCUGGAGUUGAGAGGUCUGGUUCAAAUAUAACCUUAGACACUCCUAGCUGUGUGAACCAGGGCAAGUCACUUAACCCCAAUUGUCUAGCCCUUACUGUUCUGCCUUGGAACCAGUACUUUAGUAUUGAUUGCAAGGCAAAAAUUAAGGGUUUUUAAAAGUAAUAAAUACAUGUACUAGAUUUAAUAACAUUGAAAUCAUCAUUAAAUGACCAUCUAACCAGUCUGAUUUCUUGCAAAUAAUUUAGCUUUGGUUAUAGAUGACCACAUUUCCUGGCCAACUGGGGAUCAGGAAGCAAUUCUUUGGUAAUUAAGUAAAAAAAAAAAUCAGUUCCCUGAGAUUCAGUAAUGUGCCCAUAAAGGUAAACUGUCGAUUACUUCUCACACAAUUUCCUGCCAAAUCCAACUAUUGGAAGUUUUCCAGAAGUUUCUUCUCAAAGAAUGUUUGAAGCAAACAUUAGUUGCUCGAAAGCCAUGUUUUUGUUUUUGUUUUUGUUUUUUUAUUUUCUUUCCUUUGUACAUAGAGCUAAUUAAAAGAAACAUUUGACCUAGUUAUUUGUAAAUGCCAUGUUUGGACUAGUAUUGAGUGCCAGAAAGCAGUGUAGAUAUUUUAUUUUCAGGGUAACAAGGUGCUACAUGAUUUUAUUGAGUAGAAAGUGACAUAAUCAGACUUGUGCUUUAGGAAGAUUAUUUUGAUAGCUAAAUGGAGAAUGGGCUUGGUCUGGAGAUACUUGAAAUAGGAGACCAACUAUGAGUCUUUUGCAAUAAUCCAGGUAUGAAAUGAUAGGGAUCUGCACCAGACUGGUAGCAAUGUCAGAGGAGAGAAGGGAGAGUAUACAAAAAAUGUUACAGUGGCAGAAACGAUGAGACUCAGCAAGUGAUAGAAUAUGACCAGGGAUAAGAGAGAUAUAGAGAAUGAGCUGUCAAACUUGGAAGACUGGGAGAAAUAAUGGUACCAUCAGUCAUAAUAGAGAAUUUAGAAAGAAAUGAGAGUGUGUAGGGGUAGGAGAGAUACUGAAUUUAGUUUUAGACAUGUUGAGUUUAAGAUGCCCAAGAAGUAUCUGAUUUGAGAUAUCCAAUAGACAGUUUGAAAUACAAGAUUAUAAGAGAGAAAUUAGGGGUAGAUAAACAUCUGAAAAUCAUUUGCAUAGAAAUAAAUUCAUGAGAGCUGAUGAGAUUACCAAGUGAAGAAGUAUAUAGAAAGAAGAGAAUAGGGGCUAGAAAAGAACCCCAGGGACUUCCACUAUUAGUGGGCAUGGUCUACAUCAAGAUUCAGAAGAGGAGACUGAGAAAGAAUUAUCAGAUAGGUAGGAAGACAAUCAGAAGAGAGCACACUGACAUGAAAAGAAGAGAGUAUCAAGAAGGUGAUCAGCAGCAUCAAAAGGAAAUGGGACUGCCAAUAACAUUAAAAUACCAAAAUAAUUAAAAUGAUACCUAAAUUAAUGUACUGAUCUAGUACCAUGAUCCACCAUGAUAUACUAAUAGGGAAACCACUAGUACUUUAUAGAGCUAGACAAAAUCAUGACUGUAGUAUGAAUGAAGGAGAAUAUUAUGUAAUAUUGCUGAAAAGAUUGUGAAAACCUUUAACUGCCCCCAAAGAGGACCUUAUAUCUGAUCCUAGAGGUUAUAGAAUUGCACCCUGGACUUAUCUAGUCUACCCUCACACCAGGUACUUUUGUCUCCCCCUACAUUCUGUGCCUCUUUUCAUCUUAUGUGUUGCCUUCCCAGUUAGAAUGUAAGCUCCAUGAGAGCAGGUCCGUCUUCCUUCUUGUAUUUGUAUUCCCAGCUCUUAGUGUAGUGCCUAGCAAGUAGUAAGUGCUUAAUAAAUGCUUAUUGAUUUAGAGGGGAA